AUGGCCAAGGAAGAGAAACGCGAGCGGCUGUCAUGGCUCUCGCUGGACACGCACGGCGCUUGCACCAGUGGGUCGUCCCUGCUCACUUGGCAGCAGCGGCGGCGGCUACAAAUCUUCUCCAGCCUGGGUCAUCUCCGUCACCAACGCCUACAGCCUGGGUCAUGGCAGCAGAACAUCCAUGCUGAGUAUUCUUUGGGAACUCAGCUGAGAAGAUCUGCUCUAGUGAGUAAAACAGGGCAGAAGGAUUACUUGCUUUGCAGAACACGAGCUCUGGCGGCAACACAAGGAGCAGGCCAGAGGAGCACAGGGCAGCUGCUACUAGAGCUCUGCUGCUGCUGGUCAACACGAAUAUCGAGCUGCGGAUCAAUUUCACUCUGUAUCAACAGAGGAGUACUGACAAGCGAGCUGCGGAUCAAUUUCACUCUGUAUCAGCUGCAGGAUCAGAGCGGAGUAGCAGAGGUAGAGCCGGAGGCCUCGGGGGUCGGGGGCGGGGAUCGAAGGGCAUCGGCAGCAGAGGCGUCACCCGCCACCACCACCUCAACCAGCCGGCGAGCCAAAGUGGACCAGCACGGCGACCAGCGCGGCGGCAGUGAGCGGCGGAGUCGUGGGCGGAGUGGACCAGCGCGGCGGCGGUCGGUGGUGGAGGCCGCUCGUCGGUGGGCGCCGGAGGACCCGCCCGUCGGUGGGUGCCGGAGGACCCGCUCGUCGGUGGCCGGCGGAGGACCCGCUCGUCGGUGGCCGGCGGAGAUCCUCCUCCUGGGCGGGCGGCGGAGUCCUCGUGGGCGGGCGGCGGAGAUCCUCCUCGUGGGCAGCGGAGGUCUUGUUCGUGGGUGGGCUCGUCGGUGUCUCAGGAACUGCGGCGGCUGGCCGUGGCGAUUGGAGACGGCUGGCCGUGGCGACACGGGCGACGGGAGGAGGGAGAUGGGGGCUUAAUUUCUAGAGUUUUGAAAGUGGAAGGACUAAAAUGCAAAAAAUCAAAUGUACUGCCCCCGCGACAUGUUUUUCGGGACGGAGGGAGUAGAAAACAAAACAGUAGUGGCACACACAAAUUCCCUGCCAGCUGCCCAGCUGUUGCUGAGGAGUGAAGAUGCAACA